CAGCAGACGAGUGGAAGAGGGAAAGUAGCCGGUCAUGUCGAACGCGAUGUAUAACACGAUGUGGCACCAGACCCAGGAAGCCCUCAACUCUUUGCUCGUGAAAGAGUCUCAGAAGAUGCUGGAGCCACAGAGCAGUCCGGUGUUCAUCUUCCAGAUGCUGGCCACCUUCUACAUCAAGUACGUGCAGAUCUUCAGGAGCAUGGAGAGCGUCUACGACCAGAUCGUCCACCCGCAGAAGCGCAUCCUCGUCCGGAAGAUGCUGGACGGGGUGAUGGGCCGCAUCCUGGAGCUGAAGAGCGAGCUGGUCGAGCUGGAGCUCUCGGAGUUCCACUACUUCGAUGACAUCUUACAGGACUUAAAGCUGCUUCCUCAACAGCUGGACAUCCCCAUACCCAAGUACUUCCUGAAGGAGAAGUCAGACGUGAUCAAAGGACGAGAGAAGAUCCUGUCUCAGAUAAUCACCAGCAGUGGGCUAGAUCUUCCGGGCAAGAAAUACUCCCUGAAGCCCAUGUCCCUGGAGGAUGCCGUGAAGCUGAUCCAGGUCGCCGAGCGCGCCCGGCAAGGCCGGCUCAGGGCCCUGUUCAUGAAGCAGAUCUUCCUGCGGGAGUUCCGCGCCAAGCAGGCCCGGCUGCUCGGCGACAAGAUGGCCGACACGGGGGCCGCGGCGCUGCGCAUUCAGAAGGUUUGGCGAGGCUUCCACCAGUGUAAGUUAACUGAAAAAGAGCGCGAGAAGGAGAUGAUAUUCCUGGGUAUGACCCCCCCGCCUCUGUUCAACGGAGUCAGUGCCACGAUGAUCCAAGCCGAAAAGGUGGCCUACCUGCGGAGCGAGCUGCAGCUGAAGCAUGAGGAGAGCUACCGAGAGGCCCUGGUCACCAUCAAGGACGACCUGAAGUUGACAGAAGGUGCAGACAUCAAGGAGAACCUGCAGGAACAGAUCCGGCGCUGGUUCAUCGAAUGCAGGAACUUAACUGGUGACUUUCCCCAGUACCCUGAAGUCGAAGAAGGAGGCUCCGCUAUCAUUUUCUCCAACAAGACCCCUCAACAGGUCCCCGCCGUCGGCGGCUGGUUCUGUCCCCACACUGUAGACAUUUGGAAGAACAAAGAUGAAUCAUGGAAUUUCGCUCAGGGCCACGAUCCCGAGCUGAUCAAAGAGGAGAAGCGGAGAGAGCUGGAGUCGGAGAUCCGGCUGCAGGUUGAUGAGCUGAUGAGGCAGGAGCUGAAAAACUUGAAACUGGCCGUGAACAAGGAAAAGGAAAACCCGGUCAAAGCAAAGAAGAAGGGUGAUAAGAAGAAAAAUCAAGACAAAAAAGGGAAAAGGGGGAAAGACAAGGACCUCACAGCGGACAGGACCAUCGAGUCUCUGUACAAGGAGCUGGUGGAGGAGGGGCUGCUGAUCCAGAACCCCAAGGUCAACCUCUCCGAAUACAUCGGCUCGGCCGCGGUGCACGAGAAGGCGCCCCUGGUGCGGUCCCUGCUGCUGGCCGGGCCCGCGGGGGUGGGCAAGAAGAUGCUGAUCCACGCCAUUUGCACGGAGACGGGGGCCAACCUCUUCAACCUGUCGGCCACCAACAUUGCGGGGAAGUACCCCGGCAAGAACGGCCUCCAGAUGAUGCUGCACCUGGUCGUCAAGCUUGAACCCAAACGCCUGAAGAAGCAGCUCCCCAAGGUCCUGAAGCUCCUGAGGCCAGACGACAGGAUCCUGAUCGUGGGCACCACGCGGCGUCCCUUCGACGCCGAGCUGCAGUCUUUUUGCAAGUUUUACCAAAAAAUCAUCUUGGUGCCCAGACCAGACUACGCGUCCAGAUACGUCCUGUGGAAGGAGAUCAUCCAGCACAACGGCGGCGUGCUGAGCAACUCCCUGAACGUCAGCUGCCUGGCGAAGGUCACUGACGGCUUCACCCCCGGGCACAUGGUGCACGUGGCCCAGAGCGUGCUCACGGAGCGCAGGCUCCGGCAGCAGCCCCACAAGCCACUCACUGCCGGCGAGUUCAUCUCGGCGCUGACCAGCAUGGAGCCGGUGUACCAGGAGGAGGAGGACAGCUUCAAGGACUGGUACGCCAAAACCCCGAUGGGCAAGAAGAGAGCUCUGGCCUUAACUGGAGGCAAAGCAGAAAAGGAGAAGGAGAAAGGGAAAAAGAAGAAGGCAAAGCCAGGGAAAAAGAAAAAGUAA